AUGGUAGAGGCAGAAAGUGUGUUUAACUUGAUAUACCAGAAUAGUGUCAGCUGUGACGCAUGUUUAAAAGGAAAUUUUCGAGGUCGCAGAUACAAGUGUUUAAUUUGCUACGAUUACGAUUUGUGUGCAACUUGUUAUGAGAGUGGUGCAACGACAACGAGGCAUACAACUGACCAUCCAAUGCAGUGCAUACUAACAAGAGUAGAUUUUGAUUUGUAUUAUGGUGGAGAAGCUUUCUCUGUAGAGCAGCCACAGUCCUUUACUUGUCCUUAUUGUGGAAAGAUGGGUUAUACAGAAACAUCUCUUCAAGAACAUGUCGCUUCUGAACACGCAGAAACAUCAACAGAGGUGAUCUGUCCAAUAUGUGCAGCAUUGCCUGGAGGGGAUCCUAAUCAUGUCACAGAUGACUUUGCAGCUCAUCUUACACUGGAACACAGAGCUCCUAGAGAUUUAGAUGAAUCUAGUGGUGUCCGGCACGUACGUAGAAUGUUUCACCCAGGCCGGGGUUUGGGAGGCCCCCGUGCACGUAGAUCAAACAUGCACUUUACUAGCAGUUCCAGUGGUGGCCUUUCAUCUUCUCAGAGUUCAUAUUCUCCAAGCAAUAGAGAAACCAUGGAUCCUAUAGCUGAGCUUUUAUCUCAGUUAUCAGGCGUGAGACGUUCUGCAGGCCAGCUCAAUUCUUCUGGUCCUUCUGCUUCUCAGUUACAGCAACUGCAGAUGCAACUGCAGUUGGAGAGACAGCAUGCACAGGCAGCAAGACAACAACUGGAAACUGCACGCAAUGCAACUAGACGCACUAACACAAGCAGCAUCCCCACCACUCUUACACAAUCUAUAGCAGCAACCAAUACAUCUAACACAGAAAACAAUCAUCAGACUAUACAGAAUUCCCAGUUUCUUCUUAUGAGGUUGAAUGAUCCUAAGAUGUCAGAAGCAGAACGUCAGUCAAAAGAAAGUGAACAGGCAGAUCGCAGUUUGUUUGUUCAAGAGCUUCUACUGUCCACUUUGAUGCAGGAAGAAAGUUCCUCCUCAGAUGAGGAUGAACGGGGAGAGAUUGCUGAUUUUGGUGCUAUGGGUUGUGUAGAUAUUAUGCCUCUAGAUGUUGCUUUAGAAAACCUAAAUUUAAAAGAGAAUAAAGGAAAUGAGCCUCCUCUUUGA